GUUACUGUGUACUUCGCUCCGCGGAAAUUGCGCAAAAUUGUCAAAAUUGUGUGCUUUUCGGUGGUGACAGUGCCCGUAAAUUAGUAUUCCGUUUGAGUUUUCCCUCGCCGCCCUUUUACCAUUGAUGUCGGACUAGUCGCGCCUGUUUUUCUUGGGAUUACGCUACCAUAUGAGGACCAUGCUGGGUGUCUUACGUUAUGUGUCCUCGGUCUAACCAUGCUCCUGCAAUCUUCCGGCGACUCCGGGGCCAAGCCCCCGGACGAAUCCAGGACCCCGGCCCACCCGGACUCCGAUGGGACCACCACCCACAUCCUGGAUUACGCCCCAGCGCCAGGCUGGACCGUGCACGCGAACAAUGAAGGCCGCCUCUACUACUGCAAUCACGUCACUCGCACGGCAGGGUGGCUGCCCCCAGCAGAAGCCUGGCGCUACGGCGAGGAUUGCCUUCCGUACGGUUGGGAGAGAGCCGUUGAUAACUCGGGUAGAACUUAUUACAUCAAUCACGUAAACAAGACCACGACGUACGAAACUCCCAUAAUGAAGCACCUAGAUCCGGCCCCGAUCCCAGAACCCCGCUCCGUAACCUUGGAACGGUGUCCCGACCUGGGUUUCGGGUUCGUCGCCGGUUCCGAAAGGCCCGUCAUCGUGAGGUUCGUCACCGAAGGAGGACCCAGCGUCAAUCACUUGCUCCCCGGCGACCAGAUCCUGUCCGUGAACGGCGAAGACGUGAAGCAGGCACCUCGGGAACACGUUAUCUCGCUGGUGCGGGCGUGCAUGAAAACCGUGAACUUGGUCGUGUGCCAGCCCCCCGAACAACAGGGAAUCCGGAAGUCGACCCUCCUUUCGGCCAGCAAGCGAGCCCGCCUGCGAUCCAAACCUUCGAGGGUCCGCUUCGCCGAAAGUGUUUGCGUAAACGGUGCGCCACUUUUCCCGCCGUCCGCCUUCUCCCUCGGCGACCUGUGCGUCGCCCCCAUGGCCAACGUCUUGAAAGUCUUUCUGGAGAACGGCCAAACUAAAUCGUUCAAAUAUGACGCUUGGACGACGGUCCACGACGUCGUUACGUCGCUGGAAAGCAAAUUGCGUUUGGAAGCGACCGAGCACUUCAGUCUGGUUGUUGAACACAUAAAAUCGUUGAAAAGGAAUAAAUUGACCCUCCUGGAUCCGACCGAUACUCUCGCCAGGAUCGCCUCGCGCCCGGGGGCUCACAAACUCCGCUGUCUUUUCCGCGUGGCCUUCGUGCCGCCGUCCGCAGCUGCGCUCGCUCAAAGGGACCUCAACGCGCUGGAUUACCUGUACACGCAGUGCUGCAAUGACGUUAUCCAGGAGAGGUUCGCCCCGGAACUCCAGUACGACACCGCCAUCCGGCUGGCGGCGCUCCACAUCUACCAGCACUCGCUCGCCAAUAACAUCCCGGCGGCGAAGCUCACCGUCAAGACGAUAGAACGCGAGUUCGGCAUGGAGCGCUUCGUUCCCGCGUCCCUCCUCGACACCAUGAAGCGCAAAGAGGUCCGGAAGCUGGUGGCUCACUUCCUCAAGCUCCACUCGAGCAUGGCGGGCGCCGGAAGGCAGCUGACCGCCCUCCAAGCAAAAUUACACUACUUAGACAUAGUAAGUCAGUUGCCGAGUUACGGCGCUAAAUGUUUCUCAGCCGGCCCCAAAGCCGACGUAAUGGAAAGAGUGAUCUUGGUGAGUCCGAAAUUCGGAAUAAGUCAGAUAAUCGGAUCGAGAACGUCAGUGGUAAGUGCUGGAACUAGUGACUGGUCACCAAAAAAUUUCAUCAUUCCUCAGCCUGUGCCGAUCGCCAACAUAGAGGAUAUGAGAAAGAUUGAAGUGAGGUCUGACGAUGAGGUCAGUCGGACGGUACUCAUUAGGUUACAGAGUGAGAAAACUGUGUCUAUAUCGCUAGAGGAACGAGACGCUUGCGAGUUGGUGCUGGUGCUUAGGGGGUAUUUUAAGUUGACGACGGGGCAGGAGUUGCCUGUGGACCAGGAGGAGGUACCACCGAUGGAGGACUUGGCGCCGCCGUAUUUGUCGCAACAUAAAGUAAUCCCGGAGAAGUGGAGCUACACGAGUCAAGUGGCUAUGAAGUCGGCGUCGUUCACGAUGCCACCUCCAUACCAAGCAGUCAAUAAAAGAACGAACGGUUUAUACAACACGAUGGGGCGACAAUCGAAACCUCCCUUAGUGUUGGCGUAUAGUCUAGACAGCAACAUGAACAGUUCGUUGUCUAAUCGGAACCACCAACCUAACGACAAUUCGUACGACAUCCAAACAGUAGUGUCAAUGGAGAUCCUCGAAAGUGGACGCAACGACGACGUCUUGAAGAGAGUCCAAGAGAUGCAACAACUAGUAGAAAAUUCAGAGAGGUACUUGACGGAACACGAGAACCACGAACGUUUGAACCAGUUGUCGGAAUGGCAAGAAACCAGUGUCGAUAUAGAGAGCGACACGGAUAGUUUCUUCAGUGAAGACGGUAGCAGGAACAAGUUGAAACACAGCGAUUCGCUAUUGUUACUCAGUAAAACUCACGCCCCGCCCAAAGAACAAAGAGUUUUUACUAACGCGGCAGUCGAGUUGUUGCGAUCGGAAUCCAACCAAUCGGAGAGCGACAAUGACUCUCUUUACACACCACACAAUUCGCCUAAACACAAAAGUAGCGACACCAAGGCGAACAGGAUCAGUUUCGGUCUACGCAGCCCCGAUAACUCUAGUAAGGACGUCGAUUUACAAACCUACUUACAACAACUGCGCGAGAUGAAGAACUCGCAAGAGAUCGACGGUUUGUACGUUUUCGACCCGGACAUAAUCGAUCUGACGCUCAUACCGCCACCAGCUACCCCCGAUGAGCUCGACUGUGCCUUACCCACACCCAUUAACGUACCACCCAGCUCUUUCGCAGACUCCACCCCUUCAGGUGCCGUCAGCAACGACCAAGACCUCGAAGACUUCAUCGCCAGCGUGUCCGUCCCUCCACCCACACAAAAAGUGACCCCCGCCAUCGAACUAACCCCCGAAGAAAUCAUGUCGUACAUCAUCCCCCCACCCCCGCAGAUCCCAGAAGGCUUCGAAAACUUGACAAUAAACGACGAUGACCCCGGCACGCCCUCUUGCUGCAACGGCGUCAAGCGCCGCAACAGCAACUGCAGCGUGAAGUCCAACAUCAUAGAGUACGCAACAGUCGACCGAAAAGGUGCAUUCUCGUGCUGCGCCAAAUUGCGAGCCGACAAAGCCAAGGAAGAAGCGAUCCAUCCGCUACCGAGGCGCAGCUCCGACGAGAAGCCUCCAGAACGACCGCCGAAGAACCUUCCGCAGGAGCGCCAGAGGUCGCACUCGCUGACGGCCUCCAUCAAACCGAGUGACUUAGUACCACCCAAACUGCCGCCGCGGAUGGACGGCAACCACCAGGCGCCGCCGCACCUGUUCCUGCCGCCGAAGAAACCGCCACUGCCACCAGUACCGCCGUUGGAGGUACUCCGACAGAAGAAAAGCGUGGCGCAACCGCCGAAGGUGACUACGGAAGGGCGGACGGCGGGGAUCGGAUCGCCCCACCUCCAAAGGAACAAGAACAUGUAUAGCGACUUGGAGGCGGGGUUCGGGGAGCAUGGAGAGAAAGUCGAGAAGGGGGAAAAGGGGGAGAGGUUGACGGUGAGGCCAACCACCGCCGUUAGCACGCCGACGUCACCGCACUUAGGCCGCGGAGCCCAAUUAACAGCCGUCCCUAUACUUUCACCAGAUGGUCCAACGUGUUCGCGUACCAUCAGCCAAACCCAGACGGAAGCUGGGGCGUCGUCCUCGCGGGACGGCGUUCAAGAGCCCAAACUUGAUAAAGAGUACCAGAAGAACGGAUCCGCGUUAAAAAAUGGGUGCACUUCGACGAGGGAACUGCUUCUAGCGAAAACGGACGUAGCGAUGGCCAGUCUGCUGGUGCGGUUGGACCAGGUGGCGGCGCAGUGCACCGCCGCGCAAGUCCACGGGGGCGGCAGACUCAUCAGCGAGGAGAAGUUCCAGAUCGCGAAGGAAGAGCUCACCUCCCAGUCCCUCCAGCUCGUGAGCUCGAGCAAGAUGCUCGUCAUCGCAAUGUCGGACCCGUCGCUGCCCGACCUGCCCGAGAACCUCGCCAUCUGCCUCACCAUCCUGCGCCGCCUCACCGAGCUCUCUCAAGAUCUGACCAAUCACACGACGGCCCCGCUGCAGACGCGCAACCUCAUCCUCAAGGUCCACGACGUCACGGCGGCGUUCCGCUUCCUCAUAACGGCCGACAUCGACCGAAGUUCGCAGAAGAGCAUCGAGGAGCACCUAGCGGCCCAAGCCGAGUGUCUGGCCACCGUGCUGGCGACGUUGUUGAGAAGCUUGCGGGUUUUUUCACCUUAAAUCUUUCGUUCUAAGUUUAGUUUUGUACCUUUUUAUGAAUUUUUCUAGUCAGAUGUUCGUAGUAUUUUUAUUUUUAGGGCACAAUCAAAUAUCAUGACCAAAUAAAAUCGCGCGAUGUUAUUAUCAAAUUGAAAAGUCUGAAGUUGUUGAAUACUCUUUAAAUUUGUGAUAUUGUAUUAAAUCGUUCGGUCGGUUGCGACGUUAGUUAGGGUGUUCCAAAGGGUAUUAAAUGAAUGACAAUUCUGUCCACAAGAGCUUUCGUUGUUUUUGUCUUCAUGAUUACCUAGUCAAAAUCCAGUACAAUAGAUGGGUUUCAGUUACCUCUUCUAUAUGGGCUAUAGAUGUUGUAUUUCUGUAUAUAUUAUUUAUAGAUGUUGAUCACGGAGAAAAUGUAUAUUUCUUGUUAAUUUUUUUUUCUUUACUUAGGGUAGGGAGUUGUUUAAUUUAUUCGAUUCGAAGAUUUUAACUGCGUUGACGUUUAAGAAUUGAUUAGUAGUAAGUUCGUUCUAAAUUUUAUAUGAAUGGAAUCAGUUCCAGUUGUUCUAUACUAUUUUUAGUUGUUUGGAUCAAUGUAAACUCUAAUUAUACCUAACAUCAACUCUAACAUAUCCUCUGUAUGUAACACAAUACAAUAAACAAUAAAAUCAAAAUAUUGGAAUGUAAGCACCGUUUUUAUUGACUUAAAUUUUAAAAUGAUCAAGCAAACUCAUCAACAGGGUAAUGUCGUCUGAUGUGGAGUGGUGACCUACCCUGUGAAGAAAAAUCUUUUUUUAAAUUCCUGGUUUAAUCAUCUACAUGAUGUUUCUAAUAUACGUACAAAAUGUGAGAACAAUCGGUCCAGUAGUUUUGGAGAUUACGUGUCUAAUAAAAAUGGACACAGACACCAGACAGACAGACAAACGGAAACGGGAGACCACUUUUUUCAUACUGUAAAGGUCAUGACACGUCGAGAAAAUAUGAAAGUGGCAAUUCGACC